AUGCGGGACCCGGUGAGUGACUCUAUGAGCAGUAGCGGGUAUUGUGAGCUCCCAUCUAGCCUCGGCCAGGAAACCGAGGGCCUGGGGCCAAGUAAGCUAUCUGGGUCCGUUCAUAGAAGUGCAAAGCAAACGCGAUCUCAACGGAGGGUCACAUUUGAUGGCUACCUGAGGCCGAUAAUGAAAGUCCAGAUACCAGGUCCCUGCACUACAGAGUCAGUCGAGCAUGUUCCACCGGAGAUAGAACUUCCGGAUGCUACCACACAUACACAAGCUGCAUCGGAAGCUAUUGAGAACGUGGAGCCAUUGGAGCGAUUCCAGAUCCUUGUCCGCUUGGGAUUUGACGCAUACUUUCGCGGGAGCGGCUCCACGCUCGCCCCUCGACACUUCUGGGUACAUGAAGACAUGGACGAGGGUCAUAUCCUACUAUGGGUUGAUUGUGAGCGGACAUCCCUCAAGGGGGCGAUACCUCUGCGUGACAUAUUGGCCAUUUCGUGCACAGAGGAAACUGAGCUCACUCUCAGGGCCGGUGAGAGCGUGGCACACAUUGUCUUCACGGCUCCCCGGGAGCGUGACUUUUGGAGGAGCAAGCUCGAGCUGCUCCGAAGUUUGUCCUAG